GUGCCCGGUGGCGCAGCCGUGUGGAACCGGCUGGAACCGGCUGUCCCGCUCCUCACAGCGGCCGCCCUCGCUGCCAAACCCGGGAACCAACACCUGGUGUGGACCUUCUCUUGUGUCACCCAGCGUGUAGGACCGCCUCACUCAGACACGUCCCUCAAGUAAAGACAAGACCCACAGUUCCCUGGAUGUCAGCCACCUCUGACUGCCACCUCUGCGAAGUUUUGUUCCAUGCUGGGAUAUUUUGCUGCUGCUGUAGGACUGGCAGGGUGAAAUCAAGGGCUCUUGCACAUGUCAGUGGAGUCCAGGAUGAGCACGUGGGUCCAAGGACAGGACAGCAUCACACAGCCACUACAGCAGGUCCAGCUCUGGAAGAUAAAAUAGAGGUAAUAUUUCAGUGGUCUCCACACUACCUGCCACGAACAACACCUCUGUCCUCAAGUGAAUGCUGAGUUGUUUGAGCAGUGAUUCCCACCACCCUCUGCAAAGCUAGGUCUGAUGCGAUACCCACACCAGCAGUGGGAAUUCAUGGCUCUGGAUUUUGCUAUAUUGCUUCCCAGCACAUGAGGCAACUGCUUGACUGAUUUCUUUACCCUUGUCAGUGUUCAGAAUAGCUGUGCAUCUAUUUUAGCCAAGCAAGUCAAGUGCAAGUUGUUUUUCAUGCAGGAUGACUGCAUACGGCAGCACAGGCAGGGGGAAGCUGGAUUUUUGGAGAGCAGACCCUUAGUAUCGCCUUCACUCUGAUGCUGAUUUUCUUCUUUAUUGGCUGCUCCUGAGCCUGCAGCCGGAGGAACAGUCUCCUGUGGAACGGCAGCUUUAGACAAUUUUAUUGGCUGAUGAAUCUGAUCUUGCCUGGCCACCUUCCAGAAACACUGACUUGCCCAAGAUGAGAGUGAGAGGAAGGUUGCUCUGCCUGAGGCUGUAAACCAAUUGUUUUGAGACCAACGUAACACCCAUGCCUUGCUGCACAAAAACCCCCACAGCUCAUGCCAUGAAGGAGGAGAACUUCCUUCGUCGCAGGUUCUCCCUCUGUCCAGCCUCGUCCACCCCUCAGAAAGUUGAUCCUCGCAAGCUGACACGCAAUCUGUUCUUCGGGGCCGACAAUGACAUCUACCCACUCAGCCCAGGAAAAGACGUGGAAGGAAACAGCCCGUCAGCACUGAAGGAUGAGACACCACAGACUCCAAACUCCAUUAGUAAGAUCGAAUAUAAACUUUGCAAUGGUUCUGACAAAGAGUGUGUGUCUCCCACAGCCAAAUUCACAAAGAAGGAAACACUGAAGGUACAAAAAAAAAAUUACAGACAGGAGAAGAAAAGAGCUACCAAACAACUCUUCAGUGCUCUGAAGGAUCCCAGUGUAGUGAUCACAGCAGACUGGCUGAAGAUCCGUGGGACUCUGAAGAGUUGGACCAAGCUGUGGUGUGUUCUGAAACCAGGAGUGCUGCUGAUUUAUAAGACACCAAAGAUUGGACAGUGGGUUGGAACAAUCUUGCUCCAUUCUUGUGAGCUGAUCGAGAGACCCUCCAAAAAGGAUGGCUUCUGUUUUAAACUUUUUCAUCCUUUGGAUCAGUCAAUCUGGGCUGUAAAGGGCCCAAAGGGAGAAAACGUUGGUUCGAUCACUCAACCUCUUCCCAGCAGCUACUUGAUUUUCAGAGCAGCCUCUGAAUCGGAUGGCCGAUGCUGGCUGGAUGCUUUGGAACUUGCCCUGCGUUGCUCCAGCCUCUUCCGGCUCAGUGCCUCCAAGCAGGGAAAGGAUGGAGAAAUGAACUGUUCGAGUGAUUCUGCACAUGCAGGGCUCAACCACCUCUUGCACACAAGCACCAUCUCAGACCAGGAGUUCUUCCAUUUGAAUGAAUCAGGCCUGGAGAACCAUCACCAUUUGGAAAAUGAUGCUUUUUCGGACAAAUCUGAGAGAGACAACGUAGAAGAGUCGGAGAACGAAACACAGGAGAACAGCCGGAAAACAAAUGAAAGCGAGAGCGAUCAGUCAGAAAUGCAGGCAGAAGUCUCUCCAGGAAGGAAAGGGACAACUUAUAUUGAACAGAUCUAUGAGGAAUUUGGAGAGACAGGUGAAUCGUCUCAGACAGAAACUGUCUCUGAGGAGAACAAGAGCCUGAUGUGGAUCCUGCUGAAGCAGCUGCGGCCCGGCAUGGACCUGUCGCGGGUGGUGCUGCCCACCUUCAUCCUGGAGCCACGCUCGUUCCUUAACAAACUCUCUGAUUACUACUACCAUGCCGACCUGCUUUCCCAGGCUGUCCUUGAAGAUGAUCCAUACAGUCGAAUGAAGCAAGUUUUGAGGUGGUAUCUGUCCGGCUUCUAUAAGAAGCCCAAGGGAAUAAAGAAGCCAUACAACCCUAUUCUGGGAGAGACAUUCCGCUGCUGUUGGUUUCACCCUCAGACGAACAGUCACACAUUUUACAUAGCAGAACAGGUCUCCCAUCAUCCACCAGUGUCAGCUUUUCAUGUCAGCAAUAGGAAGGACGGAUUCUGCAUUACUGGGAGCAUUCUGGCUAGAUCCAAGUUUUACGGUAACUCACUUUCUGCACUCUUGGAUGGGAAAGCAAAGCUUACAUUUCUAAACAGGGGGGAAGAGUAUAUAAUUACUAUGCCAUACGCCCACUGUAAAGGACUUUUAUAUGGUACCAUGACAAUGGAGCUUGGAGGAAAAGUUACCAUCGACUGUGAGAAAACUAACCACAGGGCAGAACUGGAAUUCAAGCUAAAGCCUUUCUUCGGUGGCAGCGCAAGCAUUAAUCAAAUCUCUGGGAAGAUUAAAUCAGGAGAAGAAGUGUUAGCAAGUCUCAGUGGACACUGGGAUGGGGAAGUGCAUAUAAAUGAGUUGAAAAACGGGAACGCAGAAAUGUUCUGGAAUCCGACCAGUGAAGUACGAAGGCAGAGACUGAAGCGCCAUAUUGUGCUGUUUGAGGAGCAGACAGACUUUGAGUCGGAGAGGCUUUGGCAGCACGUUACCAGUGCAAUAAACAAAGGAGAUCAACACAAGGCGACACAGGAAAAAUUUGUGCUGGAAGAGGAGCAGAGGAAUGCCGCCCGGGAGCGGAGGGAGAACAGCACAGAAUGGAAACCGCUGCUCUUCAGGCACGACGCCGCAACUAACGAGUGGCGCUACAAAUACGAGGAUUUAAGACCUUGGGAUCCUUUGAACGACAUUGCCCAAUUUGAGAAGGAUGGAAUACUUCAGACCAUGGAAAGACACUCAUCCACAAGGAUGUCAAACCACAAAACAACAUGCGUAAACAAUCAAAUUACACGGCACAAGAGGUCUGCCAAAGACUGCAGGCGCCGCAAAACCAGUGAUCAGCCAUCUAACCACAGCCAGAACACAGAGAGCAGCUGUUCAACGCCUGAGUCGGUGCAGGAGCUCUCAGAUGAUGAUGGGUUUGAAAGCCUGUGCGCUCAGUGCGGAAAAGAGAUGAAUCACCUGAAGGAAAUUCAUUCAGCCGUCUUAUCCUUACAGAGAGCCCAACAGGACAUACACAGAAACCUCAGUGCUCUGAACAAAAAGUCCUUCCACAGGAAGGUCUCUUCUGAAAGCUUCCUCCUGGACUCUCGCUGUUGGUUUCUCCUCUGCAUCUUUCUUACGUGUCAACUAUUCAUUAAUUAUGUCUUCAAAUAAAAUCACUACGUUUGGCAGCAAUAAUGAUUACUGGCUGCAGGAGGGGGGCCACUCACGCAAGGAGCCCAGCGAGGCACCAAAGCACUUUAGAACCAACGCGGCAGAGGUGGAAUAAAGUCGAAAAAGGAGGUUAAAAAGGGACCUAGGAACCUGCAAAACAUUGUUCCUGCAGAUUAUGUCAUUUUUGCCUUUUACAUGUACAUCUUCAAGGACCUCUUAACCUGUACGGGCCUUAAUGCUGAAGCCAAAUGUAGCUUUAAUUGUGCAAUUUGUUUUCUAUGUCUUGUCAUUUUCUGAUGCAAUUAAUAAUUAGCAGUAUUGAUACCCCCAAAAUGGUAAACUCCCCAGCAUUUUGGGAAGGUCAUGCCGGCCUGGUUCAUAGCUCUAUGAGUGAGGGAGUGCAGUUGGGGAGCUCUAAAGAACUGAUGUCCACAGUGCCUAUCCGGCUGCAUUUAAUUAUGGGAGGGAGCAUACUUGGUCCAGAAAUUCCACCCCCUGGGAUAUUAAGUCAUGAUCUGUUUUGUCAGCGCACACACAGAAUGGGACCUCAGGAUGUGUUUUAUUUUCCAUUCCAUGGGAACUGUAAAUAUGCACAAUUUCCUAGAGCCAUUCCUCUUUAGGAAAGGGGAAGUAUUCAGUGAAAGCUCCUCGUUUGGUUACGGAGCUGACUGGUGUCCUGGGCCCAUCAAGCGUAACCUCAGACACGCCUUGUUCGUAAAACCUGGUGACUUAUUAUUGUUGUUAUUAUUUGCUAUAUGGCUGUUUUAUAAAGUCACACACUAGCAUUGUAGAGAGGAAUCCACUGCUCCAGGAGAGGUGACGACGGGAGUGCCAUAGGUGUACGAGUGUUUGGUCGUAGGCACAUUUAUUGUCAAAGGUCAGGAAGGAGGAAGGUUUUGCCACUGCAUUGUUCAACUCUGUUAAUAGUCUUCCUAUUUUACACCAUUUUUUAAAGAUUUGCAAUAUUUUCUGUAGACUGCGGACAAAACUAAGCCUUUUUUUUCUGGCCUGAAGUAGUUCCAAGUGGUAAGUACUGCUAUAUAUACAGCCUUAAAAUACUUAGUGGUGGUGCCAGUCUGGACUAUCUUUCAAUGUAAAUGUUUCCAAAUUUUUAAGUACAUUCCUCGUCAUAUUCCCCAAUUAGGGGAAACCUGUUUGUGCUUGAUAUGUUGAAAUAAAACUACACACAACUUUCA